AUGGAACAUAUAUUAAAUCGAUUAUUUUUACAAAUUCAAUGUAUGUCGCUUGAUUUUCUUUUACAAGUUUGUGUUAAUAUGGAUCAAUGGUUAAAUGCUUUUGUUGCUAUUGAACGAACAAUGGCAACAAUAAAAUCUCCUAAUUUUCAAAAGAAAAACAGUAAAAAACUAGUAAAAAUAACCAUUGUUAUUCUUGUAAUUGUCAUUAUUGGUACUUCUAUUUAUGAUCCUUUUUAUCGACGUUUAAUUGAUGAAGAAAAUGAAGAUGAUAAACGAGUAUGGUGUAUUGUUACUUAUCCAUCUAUAUCAACACCAUUAAUUAAUGAUAUAAUUGAUUUCAUUGCUACAUGGGUAUCAUCUUCCGAACGUAUUAAGCCACCAAAACAAAACAGUGCAGAAUUGAUGCAAUUAUUGAAUAGUAAAUUUCAGACACCAUCUGAUAUUCCAAGUGAUGAUAGUGAACAAUUGAAUUUUAUUCUUCACAAGAUUUUUCUUCCAAUUAUUGAUCGUUGCAUACCUGCUACUAAAGCAUAUUGUUGUACAUCUUGUAACUUCACUGUACAUACCAGAUUUAGUAUUAGUUACAUUCCAAUCAAUAUGGUAGAAGCACAAUUACAACUUCGCCAUCAACUGAACAGUUACUUUGAUGGUUCCGUAUCUGAUCAUCUAUGUGAUAAAUGUUCAAUGACUAUGUCUCGACGUUCAUCGGUAAUCAUUCUUCGUAUUGAUUAUAACAAUAUUUCAUCAACAGUUUUACGUAAACCACCAAAUGCAAUUUGUCUUCAAUCUUUCUUAGAGAAAACUAAUAUCGGUUGUCCAUCAUCAACUGUUUAUGAUACAACAACAGUUGAAGCUUCUACGCCAUUUAUAUUACAAGCACCUGUACCUGUUUGUCUUAUCAACAAAGCAAAUGCCGUCAAUAUCAAUCCAGCGUAUGUUGAAAAAGAACUAGAAUAUUGUAUCAACAAAGUUGGUUGUAAAGGUAUCUUACUUUCACCAUCGGUUAAAUCGUCCAACACAUUUGAGGUUUUUCGCCGAUUGGUACCCGAGCUUGACCAAAAUUUCUCGUCAACUAAUGAGCUUUCAGCCAAAGCAGUUCCUACUUUAAAACAUGUGAUUUUAACUGGUACACAAACAUCGGUACCAGGCGUACAUUCAUAUGAAGACUUAAUCAAACGAGGUAGUCAACUAUCUCACCAAAAUCUUAUUGAAAGACAAGCAUCGAUUGAUCCUGAUGCACCUGUUGAAAUCUUCUACACUUCUGGAACUACAGGUCAACCAAAGGCUACAGCAUUGACCAGUUUCGGCGUGCUCAAUUUGAUUCGUAGUCAAUGGGAACAUUUCGGUCAAUUUUUCACUCGUCUUUGUGUUCCUAUUCCGAUGUUUCACGUUUUCUCAGAAAUAGUCGGUGUCCUCAAUGCAGCAGUUGCUAAAUGUCAUCUAACUUUUCCAGCUGUUCUACCCGAUACAGUAUCUACUAUGCGUGCUAUUCAUGAAGAAAAAUGUACUGCACUUAUUGGAGCACCGAUUAUUUUUCGUGAUAUAUUGAUGCAUCCAGAUCGGAAAAAAUACAAUCUUACUUCAUUGGUUUUCGGUUUAUCAGGAGCAACUGCAAUGCAUAUCGAUUUUUUACGUCAAUUAGAAAAAGAGUUUCCAAUCACACGUAUGGCACAAGCCUAUGGAAUGACUGAAACUGCUGGUACCAUAACUUCUAGUAUGUGGGCUGGUGACGACGAUGUUAAGCGACGUCUUUCAUCGAUCGGAAGAUCGAUGCCAGGUAUAGAAAUAAAAAUUGUCGAUCAAGAAGGUAAUACAGUACCCAUGGGUAAAUCAGGUGAAAUUCAGACAAGAGGCCAUUCGGUGAUGCGUGAAUAUUAUGGUGAUGUCGAGAAAACAAAAGAGACCAUCACACCAUCGCGAUGGCUUAGAACCGGUGAUGAAGGUAAAAUGGACGAAGAUGGUUAUGUCUAUUUUGUUGAACGCAAAAAAAAUAUUAUUAAUCGUGGUGGUGUCAAAAUCUAUUCUAUUGAAGUUGAAAAUACUAUUGCUGAACAUCCAUAUGUAGCUGAUGCACAAGUCUUUUCCGUUCCAAACGAACGAUACGAUGAAGAAGUAUGUGCUUGGAUUAGAUUGAAACCUGAUGCAUCCAAAUGCCAAGUGGAAGAUAUUCGAAAUUUUCUUAAAGAUAGAUUAGCUUUCUUCAAAAUACCGACAUAUAUACGAAUUGUAGACAAAUUUAUUAUGACACCAACGGGUAAAGCACAAAAAUUCAAAAUGUCCGAAACAAUGGCGAAUGAAUUACAGCAAAACAAGAAUAAACAUUGA